UUUCAGGUCAUCAACACAACAUCUCCUUCCUCUGGGUUUAUAUUUGUGCUAAUCUAGUAAAAUGUAACUGGAACCAAAGAGAGUUUUGAGGUCUGGAGGCGUGUGCAGAACAGCAUCUUGUCAGAAACAUCGCUGUUAUUGUUUUCACACCUGUUUUCGGGUGUGAAUUCGGCAGCUAAGCUAGCUCUGAGGUUAGCUUCUCUUCAGCUGGCUCGUCCACGUCUGGCAGUCUGACCCGAGAUAAUCGGCCGGUGUUAACCCACCAAAUAAACACAACACCUCUCCCUCAGCCUGUCCCGUGCUAAUCAUUAGAGAUGGGAGGUCUGAGCAGUAGGUUCCAGUCCCCCUCUCCGGGACCAGAUGAGGUUGCAGAGGGCCCAACCACCAGCCACAAGCAUGGAUGUGAGUGUAAGAAGAGGAAACGAAAUGCCCAGUGUGACUGUGACAGUGAACAAGAGGAGGACGAUGCCAUACUAGAUACACCUCGCAGGCAAAAAUUGAAAAGCACAUCACGAUACAUUUAUCAGACUUUGUUCCUAAAUGGAGAAAACAGUGACAUUCGCAUCUGUGCUCAGGGAGAGGAGUGGAACCUCCACAAAGUGUAUCUGUGUCAGUCUGGUUAUUUCUCCAGCAUGUUUAGCGGCUCAUGGAAAGAGUCCAACAUGAUGGAGAUCAACUUGGAGAUCCCUGAUCAGAACAUCGACACUGAAGCUCUGCAGGUCGUAUUUGGAUCCCUGUACCGGGAUGAUGUCCUGAUUAAGCCCAGUAGAGUUGUCAGUAUUCUUGCAGCUGCUUGUAUGCUACAGCUGGAUGGCUUGAUCCAGCAGUGUGGAGAGACCAUGAAGGAAAAUAUUAGUGCAAAGACCGUGUGUGGCUACUAUGCUUGUGCCAGCAUCUAUGGCUUGGAUUUAGUCAUGAAAAAGUGUCUUGAGUGGCUUCUAAACAACCUGAUGACCCAUCAAAAUGUUGAACUGAUGAAGGAACUUGGGGGAGAGGUGAUGGAGCAGCUCAUCCAGUCCUCGGACCUGUUUGUCAUGCAGGUGGAGAUGGAUGUAUACACAGCUCUGAAAAAGUGGAUGUUUCUGCAGCUCAAUCAAUCAUGGGACGGCCCAAUCAAACAGCUCCUGGCGGACGCUGAUGCCUGGCUUUGCAAACGCAGAACAGAUCUGUGUGAAAAAGAGCCCUUCUUGAACACAGAGGAUGGCGAACCUUUUUGUUCAGUGUUCAGACACGUUCGUCUCCAGUACAUCAUCAACGACCUUGCCUCUGCACGCAUCCUGGAGAGAGACAACAUUUUACCUCCUGAUUGGUUAACGUCGGUUUACAAAAACCAGUGGUUCGCCAUGCUCCGGACAGAAUUUGACAACGAUAACGGUCCCCAGGAAGCUAACAAAGACGAGUUCGAGCUGAGCAGUAUGAGGUGCGGCAGAAAACUGACUAAAGAUGGAGAUUACUGCUGGCGGUGGACAGGCUUUAACUUUGGCUUUGACCUGCUGGUGACCUACACAAACCGUUUCAUAGUCUUCAAGAGAAAUACUCUGAGUCAGCCAUGUGGGGGUGCCGUGAGUCUGCAACCUCGAAGGCAUCUGGCAUUCAGGUUACGUCUUGCCUCCUUUGAUAGCCGAGGAAAGCUGGUCUGCAGUCGCUCAACAGGUUACCAGCUUCUCACCCUUGAGAAAGACCAGGAGUAUGUGGUGAUGAACCUGGACAGCCGGUUGCUAACAUUCCCCCUCUACGUAUGCUGUAACUUCCUGUAUACAUCACCUCACUCGGACCAACGUCCAGAUUCCUCAGAACAAGAGAGCACUGCUCGCUGCGUGUCUUGAUGCCUGUUCAGCAGCCAUUAACUGCUACUAUUACUCUGGUAAUGCUGAGACACCGACACUUGCUUCUGCGUGCAAUCCAUCGCCACGUUCAACAUCAUUCUGACAUUGGACAUACCAUCUGCAUGCUAUGUAACACAGUGAGAUGUUUGGGGAGAAUCUUUUAUAUCAGUGUUUUGGCACAUUGACAGUUAGCUGCCCAAACAUGGGGAUUGAAGUUUAACAGAGACAGUGGCCAGGAGAGAUUAGGCCACUUUUGUCUUCAGAGCAGCUUCAAACUUUGGACCCCUGCCAUGAACUCUCUGCACUGGGAUGUUGGACCAUUUCACAAGAUGAAAACCACCCAGGUCACUUAUAUCAAUAUAUUAUAUUAAUGGGAACAUCAUCAGGGAAGUGCUCUGUAGGGUGAACUGGACAUUUAGUGAUUGUAUGGGAAUAUUAAAAGUCUGUUGCUAACUCUGACAAUAUGUAAAUUGACUGUGGGAUGUAGUCAGAGGUCUGUAUGGAGUGAAGGGUGGACUUGUAUCAACAGCUCUGUUGAUAUUUUUUUUUUAUUUUUUGAUUCAUGAGACAUAAGCCUCAUUUACACAGUUUACACUUGGAUGUCCGUUCAUGAACACCAGCUGUCUGACCUCACAGAAAUGUUGACAGACUUCAGAUUUUGAAAAUGUCUGCAUUGUUUACCAGCUAGACUAUCAAAUGUCCAUUAACUGCUGUUACCGGAGUCCUCUGCCUCUCUUUUGCUGUUCAGUUUGACAUAUUUAAGCAGGCUAUUUAAACUUCUCACAUCACCACAUGAAAUACCUUUGCAGUUAUGUUGUUUUACACUUCUGUACUAAUGGUUAGGUCACUAUUUGUUUGGCAAUUUUGGAAAUCUGUCAGCUCAUGCUGUUUUGAUAUCCUGUAAAGCAGACAUGGACUGAUAACUUUCUCUAGUCAGUAAGACUCGCCUGUAUAUCUGUAUAUGUUACUAAGUUUUAAGGUGUUUUGUUUGGUUUUUUUAUUUAUUUAUUUUUUACUUAAUUUGUAUUUGUAUGGAUUUAUUUUUUGCAAAAGAAAAUACAUUUCGAAACAGCCAAUAAAACUGCCCAUUCAGGUGGGCUG